AUGGAUGCUGAUGAUGACUUACAGGAACCUGAGUCUGUCAUACAGUUUCUGUCAGCUGAAAUACCAACAUUUGUCUCAAUGUUGGAGGUCAAAAGGUAUGACUUCCCACUGACCAAACCAACCUGGCCUCAUAUAUCUGCAUCAAAGCUGAUGCAGAAAACUGGACCAUCUCUGUCCAAACAAAUUGUGGGUACCAAGCUAAGGGAGACAGCUGAACCAUUCCCCUUCUCAUUGGCCCAACCAAGGGCCCCUGUGACUUCCAUGACAAAAAAUCAGCUCAAGACAGGUGGUCAUACCAUUGCAAAGGCUCAGUCUGCAUAUGAUUCCAAUGAUGUGGAGGAACUCAAGGCUGCAUCAGAUGACCACAAUGAUCCCAAGUCUCCAAACAACAAUGACAACAAUGACUAUCAUUAUCAUUCUGAGGAGCUGUCAUAUCCACAUAUCUGGAUCUCAGAUCCAAUCCACAUCUUAUCUCCAAUCCCUUCCACAUCUUAUCUCCCUCUAACAUCUCAUCAUCCAAUCUGCCACUCAUCCAGUCUGGUCCACAAUUCAUCUGAAUUCACAAUCAGCGCUUGUCUCCUUUCAGUAGUCCCCUAA